AUGGUGGAGGACAGUGGUUUGCAGUCUUUCCUUGCACUGUGGAAUUACCCGGGGGUACUUUAUGCAACCUUAAGGGCCAGACCAGUUAAUCCUGACACCAGGGGUGGGGAGGGCCCAGAGAUCGGCAGUCAAAGUCCCUCGAGUGGUUCCAGUGUUCAGCCAGGAGUGAGCAUCAGGGCAGGGCACACCGAUGUGCCCUGCUGUGCCACUGAUGCUACCCACGGAGCGGUAGCAUCAGCAUCCCCUGGGAACUUGUUGGAAAUGCAAACAACAAGACCUACGGAGGCCUGGGGAAUCACAUACUUGAGAGUUGUUGCCCUGAGAGACUAUUUGUUCCAGGAACUUCACCUCCUUAUUGAUCAGCAGCUAGGAGCUUUGCUGACAUCCCGAGUCUCUUGUUGCCCUGACUUCGCUUGGCCACAGAAGGGCUCUUUUCUCCAUGGCUCCCUGGUCUGGGAAGAUAGCGACAGCACAGAGCAAAUCCCACUUUUAAUUCGUAGAGGAGCGUUGCCAUUCAUAUCCGACGGACGAUUACAUUCUGAAAUCCCAGUGUCCAUGGGAGCCAAGAGCCAGGAUGAGGGGCAGGAAACAGACUCAUCACAGCGUUCACUUUCCUGCCACCAAGUGGGAAGGCAGCAGGAGGAGGAGUGUUUGCUCUUUGUGGGCUGGAGCCCCCUGGAUGAUCAUCUUAGACCAUGGGCUUCAACUUCCCACCAUGCUCCAUGGGAAAGUCUACCAUGAGUCUGCAGCAGUCUCCUGGUAUAAUCCUGAUGUGAAGCAACUCAAAGGACCUUGACAUUCGUGGCUCUGUUGAAGCCACAACCUGAUCUCCAACAUUUCCCUUCUGUGCCCGGCAGAACUGCUACCUCUCCUGGCCCCUCUAGUGUCUGGCUUACAGAUAGGAGAUAAAGAUAGUCUUAAUUCAUUUUCUGUUGCUAUAACCGAAUAACUGAGACUGGGUAAUUUAUGAGGAAAAAGUUUAUUUUGGCUCCUAGUUCUGGAGGCUGCAAAGAUUGGGUGGCUGCACCUCACGUGGGCUUUUUGCUGCAUUCUAGCAUGAUGCAAAAGUGGAAAGGAGAAAAGAUCGCAACUGUUACUGUAGCUCAGCCAUCUUCACCCGAAAGGUGCUGCUGAUCCAUCCAGAGAACUCUGGCCUCAUGACCAGCACCUCCCGCUAGGCCCCGGCUCCCAACACUGCCUCCUGGGCCCCGCACCUCAGUGAGUUUCAGUGGGAUCAAAGCAUAUUCAGACAAUAACAAGGGAGGGGAGGACUCUACUUCUUAGUGGCAUCUUUGUGCCUCAGUUUCCUUAUAUCCAAAAUGGGGAUAGUAAUCUGGUAAAACGUGCUCAAGAAUUACAUGAGAUUGGCAUUGAAAGAGCUCAGGAAAGUGACUGGGACAUGAGAAGCACUGGAGUUACGGCCUGGUGAUGAUACUGCACUGAGGUUAGAAGGUGGGGCCAGGCCAUACAGGUCUCCCAGCUCCCCAGGGGCAUCUCAGAUGAGGGCUGGAGGUGCAGGAGAAGGUAAAUUGUGCCUGAUCACUCACUCCAGCCAUUCCCUUUGGCCUCGGUUGGUCUCGAUCUUUGGCCUAGACCACCAUCUUCUGUCCAUCCUUCCUGAUACACACAUGCCUGAAUCCUCACCCACAUGACCAGCUCACCUUCAGGAAGCAACGGGAUGCCAGAAGUGACUGAUAGGGCCGCUGCCUGUUCCCACUGAAGUGCUCAAACCCUAAAAAGUGAAAAGGCCUUUCAACAGCAUUGUGAGGAGAAGCCUGCUUUGAGUCUGCAGGUUGCAAUCUCCUAGAGGGUGGGUAUUGAGUGCUGGGUCCUGCAGCUGCGCUGUUUGUGGAGUGGGCAGCGUGUUUUGUGGUGUGCAGUGAUGCCGGGUGAGAGCAGCCUGACCUGCGUCCACGCCGUUCUCAGUCAUUGUCAGGCCAGAGUGUGAACGCCUGAACUCAUGGGUUUGCUGACCUGACCCCACCUGGCUUUGACGAGGAGGCGGGAGGCCUCCAUUUCUCUUGUUGCCAUUCUAGGCUUAAAAUUAACAUCAGCCAGAAAGAAUGGCUAUCAUCAAUGGAUCAAAUAACAAAAUGCUGGCAAGGCUACAGAGAAAAAUGAACCCUUCUACAUUGUUGGUGGGAUGUAAACUAGUAUAAGCACUAUGGAAAUCCGUAUGGAGAUGCCUCAAACAACUAAAAUUAGAAACUAGAAACUAAAAACUCCAUUUGACCCAGCUCUUUCCCUUCUAGGUAUCUUCCCCAGAGAGAAAGGCAUGAUAGUACAGUGGUCCAUGCACACCCAUAUUUAUAGCAGCACAAUUCACAGUAGCUAAAUCUUGGAAGUAGCCUGUAUGUCCACCAACAGAUGAAUGGAUAAAGAAAAUGUGAUGUUUAUAUACAAUGAAGUACUGUUCUGCUAUA